AUGUCUGACGCCGAGCUCGACCGCGACUGGAAGCCCAACGGCCGUCGCCCGCAAUCGACGAUUGCUCGCUCCUUCUCUGCCGAGCUCAUGGAUAUUUUCCGCAUUGAGAAUGACAUCUCUGACCUCGAUAAGGAGGUUGACCAAAGGAAGCAGAAAGUUGGAAAGAGCAACGAUGAGCUCGCGUCUCUUGAAGCCCGCCUCAAAGAAAUGGAAAACCGUCUGCGUCGAACUCAGCACCACGUCCGCCAGUCAAUCUCCCACCCCCCAGGGGGCAUGUCGUCCAAGGUUCCAGACUUCGCCAGCAAGAAUGAGACCGAACAGAGUUCACCAGCGGCAGACGGCUCAAAGAACCGCUCCCGGCCAGGCACUGCCCGCGCAGCUCAGCCAGCUCCUGGUUCAGGCAAUAUGCCACCAACCCCCGGGGCCAGUGAAGGUGAAUAUUAUCUUGUCACCCAGGAAGAUUUGGACGACACCCGGCGCUGA